AGAUCCAAGAAUGCGCCCACUAACAUCACAACCUGAAACUGGUUUGCUGAAACAAAGUCCAAAACAAUUCAGUAACAACGAAGGUCCAGAAAAAUACCUCUAAUGACACGCUCGGAAGAGUUCUCAACGAAUCGGCGCGACUCCUCCGUUGUCUUCUUCCAGAUCCUUCCACAUAACAGAUUCACUUCUCUUCAUCCAGAUUCUUCCUCUCUUCAAUUCCUUCAACCUCAAUUCAUCAACCACCUUCACCAAACUCCAAACUCCAUAGCCAAACCUUCAACCACUACGAAUCCGUAACCGUAACCGUAAUCUCCGUUCACCGAACCUUCAACCACCGUAACCGUAACCGUUUUUCAAAAACUGAUUAUAAAUACUUGAGCAAAUGCCACACAGCCGAAUCUGUUGCACGUAGUCGGAGCCACUUCAUAACCGUCUUUCAAAAACUCAAAAAAACCACUAAAUCGAUAAUAUUAAAGAGCGCUAGUUAAGGGUAAUUUAGUAAUCUAGUUAGCUUAUAAGGUUUUAUUAGAAAAAAAAGAGUAAAAACCCUGCGAGUUCUGAAUUCUGAAGUAGACCAUCGCAGCCGUCUCUUGCAUUAAGCCUCAACCAAAACCUCUCGCCGGCGUCUUUCCACCGCAAUCUCUCGAUUUCCGAUCAUCACACGGCGGUUUCCGAUCGGCAUUGGAUUAUUAUGGAUUCAAAUUCUGAUUUAAAGCCUCCAGCACGAAGAAAGGUUAAAUAUGCACCAAAAGCUCCACCUAAAAGAGUGCCAAAGAUAGAAGUUAAAAGUGAACUGGUUGAGGAGGAUAAUAAAGCAUCAGCGGCAGAGGCUAAGGAACUCCUUCGGCGUUUCCAUGAAAAUGAGAGGAAGGCAAGGAUGAAGGUUGAGAAAAAAGUGUCAGCUUCACAAAUUGCUUUUGGUUCUGGAGGCCAAUCAGCUCAUCAUAAACCAUAUGGUAUUGGGAGCAAGACCAAUGGCAUUGAAAGUUCAGCAUUUGUUGAUGCAAACGGGAAAGAAUACAAAGAACCAUGGGACCUCUACAGUGAUUAUCCAAUAGCUCUUCCCUUGAGGAAACCAUAUUCAGGCAACCCAGAAUAUCUUGAUAAGGAGGAAUUUGGGGAGGCUGCAGAAUCCAGAACUUAUGAUGAAAACGCGGCAAAUUCAGCAGCGGAGCUUGGCCUUCUGGAGGAAAACCCAGAGACAAGGUCAAUCUUCAUGAGAUUACCACCAGUCUUUCCUAUGAUUAAAAAACCAGAUGCUGAUGUUAAGGUGAACUCUAAACGUCCUGCGAAACUCUUCAAGUUGGAUGAAAUGCCACCUGGUCUAAUUGGCAAAAUGAUUGUGUACAAGAGUGGUAAAGUUAAGCUGAAGAUUGGAAAUACCUUUUAUGAUGUUUCAUCGGGUAUGAAUUGUAUAUUUAGUCAAGAGUUGGUUGCAAUGAAUGCUGCCGAAAAGCAUUGUAGCUCAAUUGGGGAGAUCAGCAAGCUUGCUACUGUAACCCCGGAUGUUGAUGCUGCACUUGAUUGUCUUAGUGAUUUAGAUUUAUAAUAGUUUUCUUUAUAUUCAUGAAAAUUUUGAAGUUUGAUAUCUUGAACAAUAAAUUGAGAAGGAGGGUAAAUUGAAUUAA